CUAUUCAAUUCAUCGCUCACUCUUUACUAUUCCACAGUUCCAAUUAUCUUUCUCCACUCUCUCUACUCCUCCUGUCCUACCUACGUUUCUGUGAACAUCAACAUGAAUCCUGUUUUUGUUCGCCGGAGUUUCAAUGCUGCUGCUGGUUUCAUCGUACCCGGUUCCAUGCUGGACAAUACUUUUGUCCUUGAUUCCUUUGUCGCCGCCGCCAAUAAUACCGGUGGUCAUCGUCGUCCUCGGAACAACAACAACAACAACAACAACAUGGGGAUGUUCUCUUCACCGGUAGCAAUUGAUUCCUUUGUCGCGGCACCCAAUAAUACGGGUGGUCAUCGUCCCCGGAACAACAACAACAACAACAUGAGGCCUGUAGCAACAACAAGGGACGUAGGUCCACCAAAUCUUCAUAAUGGAAGAGACAGAAUCAGAAUGGUAGAUGAUACUAUUCUUCUCUUUGAUAAUAAUUCUUAUUCUAUCGCUAACAACACCACCAUGGGGGGUCACAACAAUGCUCUGCUUGAUGAUGUACCAUUCUAUCAUUCUCCUCAACUUGAUUUCAUCAAUCUUGAUGAAAUUGCAACAACAGAUUUUUCAAAAACAGAUGAUCCAUGCUCCAUAUGUCUUUGUGAAUUGUCUACUGAUUCAACGGCAGUUCAGAUUCGCCGUUGCUCUCAUAUAUUCCACAGCGACUGUAUUCAAAAGUGGAUCGGUGUGAGGAGAACAUGCCCCCUUUGUAGAAUCAACCUCCUUUAGUUGUUAGUUGGAAGAAAUGUGCUACUCAUUUAGUUUAUAUGAACACAUGUAAUGUUUAAUGAAUAAAAAUAUAUAUAUAUACAAUUUCUC